CUGGCUUCCCUUUGCCCCGACACACUCAGGCCCACGAACCUGCUGCGGGCACAGGAGGCAGCAUCCCCUCCUAAUGUAGGAGGCCCAGGUGGGCAGUCAUGGAGCUGGACAAUAAUACAAGCGAGGGCUUGAGCUUGCCACCCACCGCCUGUGUCUACCGCGAGGACUUCAAGCGUCUGCUGCUGCCGCCCGUGUACUCGGCGGUGCUGGUGGCCGGCCUGCCGCUGAACCUCUGCGUCAUUGCCCAAAUCUGCACAUCCCGCCGGGCCCUGACCCGCACGGCCGUGUACACCCUGAACUUGGCCCUGGCCGACCUGCUGUAUGCCUGCUCCCUGCCUCUGCUCAUCUACAACUACGCCCAACGCGACCACUGGCCCUUCGGGGACCUCACGUGCCGCCUGGUGCGCUUCCUCUUCUACGCCAACCUGCACGGCAGCAUCCUCUUCCUCACCUGCAUCAGCUUCCAACGCUACCUGGGUAUCUGCCACCCCCUGGCGCCUUGGCACAAGCGCGGGGGCCGCCGGGCUGCCUGGCUCGUGUGUGGCGCGGUGUGGCUGGCGGUGACAGCACAGUGUCUGCCCACAGCUAUCUUUGCUGCCACGGGCACCCAGCGGAACCGCACCGUCUGCUACGACCUGAGUCCACCGGCCCUAGCUGCCCACUACCUGCCCUACGGUAUGGCCCUCACGGUCAUUGGCUUCCUGCUGCCCUGUGCCGCCCUGUUGGCCUGCUACUGUCGCCUGGCUCGCCGCCUGUGCCGCCAGGACGGACCCACAGGGCCCGUGGCCCAGGAGCGGCGGGGCAAGGCAGCUCGCAUGGCCGUGGUUGUGGCAGCGGUGUUUGCUAUCAGCUUCCUGCCUUUCCAUGUCACCAAGACAGCCUACCUGGCAGUGCGCUCCAUGUCAGGUGUCCCCUGCCCCACGCUGGAAGCCUUUGCUGCAGCCUACAAAGGCACGCGGCCCUUCGCUAGUGCCAACAGUGUGCUGGACCCCAUCCUCUUCUACUUCACCCAGAGGAAGUUCCGCCGGCGGCCGCAAGAGCUAAUACAGAAACUCACAGCCAAGUGGCAGCGGCAGGGUGACUGAGUCCACCAGCGCAGGACCCAGGUCCUGGAUGCUGUCAUGUUCGCCAUGAUAACCAGGGCACCCCACCAACCCCAGACCAUGCCGAAAAUUAAAAUCCAGCUCAGCUCAGCACAGAGUAAAACCCCUCGUGGUCCCAAGUCCCAUCAACUAUUUAUUGACCCCCUUUCUCAAGACCAGGCCCUAUGGGUCUGGCCCUCCAGAAGCUCCCAAUCAGCCAGCAAGAGUAAAGGAAACUUUGUUAAGCGGGACAUGGUGGCACAAGCCUGUAAUUCCAGCACUCCAGGAGGCUGAGGCAAG